AUGAGCCUUGAUUGCUUCUCGUCAAUCCGCGACUAUGCCAACUUGGCUGAUGUUCUCAAAUGCAUUCAGACAAGCGCUGAAGUAUCAUGCUUUCGUAACCACUUGGAAGUGUGCUACAGACCACCAACUAUUCCACCUUACAACCGUCUGUCAACUGACCUUGCAAAUCACAAGGCGCUGGCGUUUGUCACAGACGCACGCCCGGACCUGGCCUUUGAUGACACUUGUGUCCUAACUCCGACCGCCAAACAACCAUUCUCGUUCGCGGAAGAACUGUCCUCGAAUGGAAAUGAAAGUUCGAAAGAGGGAGCAUUGUGGUGUUUGACGCUUGACUGGCGCAAAGAUCCGGGACGACCGUCAUGUGCUGUUCGCGUGACUGAAUACAUGAGUGGUCAUUUGUACAGCGGUUAUCUGGCCAUCGUCACAGAUGCGGACGACUAUCACUCGCCGAUGCGGAAUUUGCUAUUCCAUUUCACAUGUAAAACGAACAACGAGAUCCCACAACAAGUACCUGGACAAGUGUUUGAACGUGUCUGGGAAAGUGAAUACCAUGGAAGUGGCGCUAUCUGGUCCAAAGUGGAUGUUUCACUAGAUCUGGUGAAUCAGACUGGUCAAACGCUGGAAACCGCGUUUGAGUAUACACCUGUUCGUCUUCGAGCCCAACUAAAUGAUCGAGCUGCCAAAUAUCAUGCACUUCAUAUGGAAGCGUGUUACGCCUCCCAAGCUCCAGUAGACGAUCAGGACAGUGUGGAGUCUCAAGAAUAUCCAAUGGUAAUCAAAGGAUGUCCAGCUCGUGUUAUGACGGGUCGGUUGGGCUCCACAGUACCCGAAACACGUCCGAGCGCUUUAGCAGGUCUUUUGGAAUCCCCGACACGAUUUGAGACCGAGCUGUUCCCCGUGUCACACGAUGCUUCGUCCCAAGUAUUCUGCCUUCCUCCAGACGGUUGUCCAAAAGGUUUCUCACAUCCGAGCACACAAUCACUCAAACGGUCCGCUUUCCUCUCGCCGGAUGCGCACACAGAUGUGUCCGACUUCCAUUUAAACGGUCAAUCGAAAUUUCGAGUCCACGCCAAAUCGGGCCAUCUUCGUCCGGUGGAAUACAAGGUUCAUCGAUUGCGGUUCCGCUGUGUCAUCCGAUUGUGCAUCGAACGAGCUUGGUGCUGUUGGCCCGUGGCUUGUGGUUCUCGUCCAGGUGAUUCCGUGACUCCGAGAACGAGCUUUCAACCACCAAACAUGCGAUUUAUCACACGAUCAGUGCACCUGAAUGUACUUCAGUGGAUUGCUGCGACACACGAACCGGCACGCACGAAAUCCAAGGAAGACCAGUGCACCAACUUUCUAUGCACCACUGGGUUGCACACCUUGCUCCUAAUCGGUCUGGUUGGACUGUUAACAUGCGUGAUGGGCAUUAUCGGACUAAUGCUCGCACGCCGCUACCAGAAUCGACAUGAGGGGACAAGCUACACGCACAACAAUAAUCACGUUCCACCAAAAUCCUCCAAUCACGCGUACAGACAACCGAUCGAGGCGCUUCCCGGUCCUGAUCUGCUCAACAGUUCCACAUUGAACAAGUCCAUCCGAUCUGGACGCCUAUCGGACGGGCCUGUUGGAAAUCACCAGGGAGAGUCGGCUGAUGCUAACUGGUGGCUUACACUGCACGCUUAUUCGAAUGCUCAAUUAAAUGAUAGCCUACCACGAAUGGGGACCAGGGCUAAUGGCAAUGAUCAUAAUCGUCUUCAAUUGAAUAGUACCAGUAACAACAAUAAUAAUAGUCACAACACCAUUCCAACAUUUCUCUCGCUACCACGAUGUUCUUGCUCAGAGACUGGAAGUCACGUGGCCUCAGUUAACAUCGGAUCGGGAUCACAUGUUCCCCCUGUGCCGUUUACCCCGUCUAGCCCGGUGAACUUGACCAGUUUUCAAACAGAUGUGGCCAAUCGAAAAGCUGAGCACGCCUUAUUAUUUGCACCCGCUCAUGAUAGUACCACAUCCUCAUUGAGAGGAGUUACCUAUCUGCAAUUGACUGAUCCAGAUCGAAUGCAAUCGGUCACGAAUCGAUCAACUCCGUCGGAAGUAACCUGGACACCGUGGGCUACGAAUGGACAACAUUCGGAUGAUUGUAGUUCAGCCCCGUCCAAAGAAUAUCCCUGUGUGAUAGCUCGAGGUGUUCCUCCAGGCGGGGAGUCCAGUUCAGCCUAUUCCACCUGCGACAGACGUGACACGUUCGUGAGGACAUGA